GUAUAUAUAGUCCAGGCACCUGGCAGUUUGAACCUGUCCUUGGAAUCUGGUUUGGACCAGCGGUCCAGAGUCUGGUCAGGCCCACUUGAAGUGACAUGGGGGACUCCUUGGGGGUCUCCCUCAGAUGCAGCAGCCCGCGCUCUGAGCCGAUAUUGUACUCCGUCAACGGUUCGAGUUCGGACAACGGUGUGAGUUCGGGGACCGGAUGGUACUUUGGUGAUGCCGACAUCCCGAAUGGCAUAGUGACUCCUAAUGGAUGCGAUCAUCUUGCUUCGGAGAAUGUUCCGAAUGCCUUGCAUCAAAAUGGAGACCAGGCUGUUUCAAAUGGCUUCGAGGACGCAGUGCGGUUCGUUGAAAAUGUUGGGGCUUCUCAUCGCCACUCGACGAGUUAUCUAUGGCGAGCUGAGGUGAAUGCACGAUCAAGGAGAGAAGGUUGUCAGGUUAACACAACAAAGAAGAAACAAUUCGACAGCGAACUCGCUUCGGAGAAUGUUCUGAAUGCCUCGUGUCAAAAUGCAGACCAGGGUGUUUCAAAUGGCUUCAAUGAUGCGGUGCAGUCGGUCGAAAACGGUGGGCCCCUAACUCGAGCUGAGGUAAAUGCAGGAUCGAGGAGAGAAGGUUGUCCGGGUAACACAACAGGUUGUCCGGGUAACACAACAGGUUGUCCGGGUAACACAACAAAAAAGAAACAAUUCGACAGCGAACUCGCUUCGGAGAAUGCUCUGAAUGCCUCGCGUCAAAAUGCAGACCAGAGUGUUUCAAAUGGCUUCAAUGAUGCAGCGCAGUCGGUCGAAAACGGUGGGCCCCUAACUCGAGCUGAGGUGAAUGCAGGAUCAAGGAGAGAAGGCUGUCCGGGUAACACAACAGAGAAGAAACAAUUCAACAGCGAACUCGCUUCGGAGAGCUUUGUGAAUGCCGCGCGUCAAAAUGCAGACCAGGGUGUUUCAAAUGGCUUCAAUGAUGCGGCGCAGUUGGUUGAAAAUGGYGGGCCUUCUCAUCRGCAUUCGGCGAGUCAUGCAUGGCGAGUUGAGGUGCGUGGAGGAUCAAGGAGAGAGGGUUGUGAGGGUAACACAACAAAGACGAAUGGGAAGAGUCGUUCAGAACAAUCUGGCACUGAAUAUGGCGAUGAUGCGUAUGAAGGUGAUGACACUGGCGUUGGCGGGGGUCAUCAUGGUGAUGACAAUCAUCGUGCUUGUAAUGAUGAGGUGCCAAGCUGUAUGGAGGGAUGUGUUACCACCUUGCUUCAGGGACUGGGAGAAGACGUGGAGAGAGAGGGCCUGCUGAGAACUCCAUUUCGUGUUGCGAAAGCACUUCAGUUUUUCACCGAAGGGUAUGGACAGACAGCAAAGGAUGUCAUUGGGACAGCAUUGUUCCGUGAGGAAGUGGCAGUGUCGGCAGAAGGGGAUAGUUGUCACGGGUGUGCAGGAGUUGUUGUUGUCCGGGACAUCGACCUAUCCUCUAUUUGUAUUGGCUGUCUUUCGCCACUCAGAAUCACUGACAGAUGUCAUCAUUGUCAUGUUGGUUAUGUGCCUUCUAAGCACCAAAUAGUAGGUCUCAGCAAGCUUCCACGGAUAGGCGAAAUGUGUGCAAGGCGCUUGCAGAGCCCAUGGCGAAUGGCCGAUAACCUGGCCGAAAGUGUGCAUGGUGUGGUUCCCAGCCAUGGAGUUGGAGUGGUCGUAGAAACCUGGCACCUUCGCAGCCCAGGCUCCUUACUCUCUUUGUCCUCUUCCCAGAGGCGCCUGCAGAAACAUGUUCUCGAUGUGCAUGGGGAUGCAAGCGGAGCCCUGAUGUUGGAUGAGGCAGGUAGCUGCGAGCCCGGGAUCUGGGUGCACCAUGUUCAGGGUGCUGCAAGGGGCAUUCUUCAGCACAAUCAAGGGCAUUGGGACGAGUUUCUUGCUUCGCUUCAAAUGGACAACUUCAGGGAGUUGGUGCCUGUGAGAAGCGACUCAUGGUUGCAAAAGGAACGGCGGUCAAUCGACUCAUGUGACURCUGGUGYCGUCUGGGGUGCAAACCUGAUUUUGAAGUCGAAGGUUCCCAUCYGCGGGAGGUUGCAGGUGAAAGAAGACUGGAUUUGGUUGGAGAUUGUGMCYGGGAGGAUGCAUCUGCAACUUCAGYGGAACCYCGAGCAGACUCAGUGCCGACUAUGCUGUCGGCAGUAGAAUCGCUCUUGUAUAUAGCAUUGAAGGGGAACUUGCCGUGGAACACGAUAAAAAGAACUGCAAUCCGAUACGUUCAAUGGUUGUUAUGGUCUACCCGUGAGGGGUUGCAAGACGAAGUUGAAGUCAGUUCGUGGAAAUCGUUGGGUCCUCUGGUGGACAGUGGUGUCAAUGGUGCUGCAACUGUGACAUCUGGAAACCAUAAUGGAUGGUUGAAUAAGAAUAAUGUGGAUUCAAGUGUGGGUGCUGGAAUCGGAAACUGUACGAGACGGCCAUUUAAUGGGAAACCGGAGUUCACUUCACAUGCGACGAGUUCUCCUCGAUGCAAGGAGAAGGGAUCAAAUGAUGUGGCGGCAAGUUUUUCAGAGAUUGCCCCUGUUCCUCCUGUUCCUCCUCACACCAUGGCAUCGGAGUUGUGCUUGCCUUUUUCUUCSUUAUGCGAGCACCACCUGUUGCCAUUCUAUGGUCAGGUACACGWGGCAUACGUCUUCAGGUCAUCCUCRUCAUCAUUGCUAAGACAAGGAUCAGGUUGGGAGCAAGAGGAGCAGGUAGGUGUUGUGGACAGACGUUUUCUGAAACAGAUUGUCAGUGCAUAUAGCAGACGCCUGCAAGUCCAGGAAAGACUGGGACGGCAGGUAGCACGGAGGCUUGUGUCGUUAUUUGAUCUCUUAGGGGUCAUGGUUGUCCUGGAGGCCAACCACUUGUGCAUGAUGGCCCGYGGAGUGAAGCAGCUGCGAACUUGCGAAGUGCCGGUAGGUGUGAACAGCGGUGGGCGACUGGGCUACUCAGAUAUGAAGAUCAUGGCGAUGGGUGCGGCAGCUUCGUGUAUUUUGGCUUUGGCGAUUGCUUUGCUACUCGGAGAACCUGCAGUGAAGGGUCAAGACACCUCCGCUGGUGUGGCGGGAACCUUACCCCCCUUAAACAGCUCGAGCCUCGAUAUGUCGAGUUUCAUCGACGGCGCCGAGAAGCGCGUCCGCUACCUAGCAAAUUGUGCGCAGGAGAACGAUGAAAAAGCCUGCGUCACUUUGCAGGAUUGCUAUUUUAACACUACACGGCGGGGCAGGCUGGCGUGCUCCUACACUGGAUCGACGACAUCGUUCGAGUGUGUCGGGAACUUUAAGACAAAUACAAAGAAUUGUCUGCCAGGCGGCGUGCUGAACACAAGUAAUCCUGGUCGACCUUGUGCAGAACUGCUCACCUCGUUUGCGGAGCCAUUCAUCAGGUUUCCGAUCCUGGAGGAUCUCCAGUACUACGAGCACGUAAACCAGACUAUAUUUCAGCACACCUGCAUCCAGGGGCCGCUGUCAGUUGCAUUCCGUCAGCAACUGACCAAACACGAUUUCCUCCUCACCGGUCAGAUGUAUUACGGAACCAUGGCCGGCACUUUCUCCAUCUUCCCAGGAAAGCAAGCUCCAGGAACAUACCCAUACAAUUGUGAGGAGUAUGAUCCACGCCAACGGCCUUGGUUUACAGAGGCGAUUUCCCCGCGAAAGAAUGUUGCCAUCCUCGUCGACUUGAGGAAGGCUAUGGAUGACCCGAUUGGUCCAUUGAUGGCUGGCCUAACCAGGCUAAAGGUGGUGCAGGCGACACUUCGAAAACUCAUGAAGACUUUCGGGGAAGGAGAUGGAGUGUCUAUAACGACAUAUCCACCUAGCAACUUCAGCACUGACCCGGAAACGGUUCAACAAAUCGAUCAACCCACACGCUUGGAGCAUUUUGGAAAGUCUGUGGAGGCCAUGGCAACAGUAACAAACGUUCUAGCUCCGGACCUUUCAGAGGGGAUGUCAGCUGCACUGCAAAGUCUGAGCCUCAUGCGACAGGGUGCAAGCGAGAAUCCGGUGGAGGUUCUUCUCGUCUUCACCUUCGGCAAGGUGGGUGUGGAAAACGCUAUCCAAGUCAUCAAGGGUUACAAUAGUACUGCGCCACAGACCCCGGCACCCCCCGCGGUUUUCCUGUAUGGUGUUGCCAUACAGGAGCCAGUGGCCUUCCAGAACCUGUCCGACAUCGCCUACAACGUUGGGGGCUUGGCAAAAAACGUUGGAACUGGAGAUUAUCUCCUGGGCAUCUACUCCUACUUCAACUAUCUGUCCAGGUUCUAUGCAUAUGCGAAUGGGACGGUGGCCCGCUGGGCCAGGCGUUAUGCGGACGCAUUCGAUAUGGGGAACAUAACGACGUUGGUGAUGCCAGGCCAUAUUAGGCGCACGACCUGGGUAGAGAGGUGUGCGCCGGAAGGCUAUACGGCAUGGGAUGCCGUGGUGACGGCGGAAUGUAUGAUUGGUGAUGAAAGCAUGCUGAUGUGGCAUUUGGCUGAGGUGGCACUGCAUUGCGUUCUCACCUCCGCGCAAUCAGAAGAGCGGCGAAGCCGCCAAAGAGGGAACGUUAGCUUUCAUUUGGCAGAGAGCAAGGAGCCAAUCAGGGCUCUUUUCAACGACUUCUCGAAAACGACAUUUCCCGAAAAUGAUUUGCUGUCCAAUCCACAAGGCUCGGAGCGGCGAGCCAAUCAAGGCUCUUUUCAAUAAUUUCUUGAAAAUGAUAUUUUCCGAAAAUAAUUAGCUGUCCAGUUCACAAGACUCCGAGCAGCGAGCCAAUCAAGGCCCUUUUCAAUA